GAGCGCGGGGGACCGGUCACUCGCAGCGUCAGCCCUGGGCCGGGCGACACAAAGGCUCCGUAACGCGGUUGCUAGAGCGCCUCCGGUCGCCUGGUAACCGCCCGCUGCCGCUUUAUCCGGGGGCGUCUCCUGGCUGGGGGCGGGGUGGAGCUGGAGUCCCUGCGGGCGCUUGCCCGCCGAGUCCCGGGGCUCGUUCUCAGCUCCGCUCCUAUGCGGGCUGCGGCCGCCACGCUCGCAGCACCGUGGGCCCUGGCGGGCGGCCCCUCCGGGCAGCGGGUCGCGUCCCUGCGAGCGCGCCCCGGUCCCGCCGGCGCUGCCCCGGAGCGCCAUGAGCUCGGAGCCGCCCCGCACCUCGCUGCUCCGCGCCCUCUUUAAGAUGGAGCCGGCGGCGGCCGCCGCCUCCGAAGUGCUGGGGGGAGCCUCAGAGUUCGUGAAAGAUCGGUUGUACUUCGCUACUUUACGAACUAAACCGAAAAGUACCGUAAAUACCCAUUACUUCUGUACCGAUGAGGAACUGGUCUAUGAAAAUUUCUAUGGAGAUUUUGGACCUUUAAAUUUGGCAAUGUUAUACAGAUACUGCUGUAAACUAAAUAAGAAAUUAAAGUAUUUUAGUCUAUCAAGAAAGAGGAUUGUGUACUACACCAGUUUUGACCAGCGGAAGCGAGCGAAUGCAGCGUUUUUAAUAGGUGCAUAUGCUGUUAUAUACUUGAAGAAAACACCAGAAGAAGCUUAUAGGAUGCUUUUAUCUGGAUCUAAUCCACCAUAUCUUCCAUUUAGGGACGCUUCAUUUGGGAGCUGCACAUACAAUCUUACGAUCUUGGACUGUUUACAGGGAGUAAAUAAGAGAGUGGAAAAUGGUGACUUCAACUGGAUUAUUCCAGGAAAAUUUUUGGCUUUUAGUGGACCACACCCAAAAAGCAAACUUGAAAAUGGUUAUCCUCUUCAUGCACCUGAAGCCUACUUUCCCUAUUUCAAGAAGCAUAAUGUCACAUCAAUCAUAAGACUAAACAAAAAAAUUUAUGAGGCAAAACGCUUUACUGAUGCUGGUUUUGAGCAUUAUGAUCUAUUCUUCAUCGAUGGCAGCACACCAAGUGACAGUAUAGUCCAGAGGUUCCUGAACAUCUGUGAAAAUGCUGAUGGUGCCAUUGCAGUACAUUGUAAAGCUGGCCUGGGGAGAACAGGAACACUGAUUGCCUGUUACAUAAUGAAGCACUACAAGUUCACACAUGCUGAAGCCAUUGCUUGGAUAAGAAUAUGUCGCCCAGGCUCCAUUAUAGGACCCCAGCAGCACUUCUUGGAAGAGAAGCAAGCAAUGUUAUGGCUGGAGGGGGAUCUCGUCCGAUCCAAGCAGAAACAGCGAGGAAUUGAUGGAAACAUUAACAGAGUUCUUUGUGGCUUGAAUGACAUUUCCAUCAGUGACAGUCUGAAUAAAGCACAAGACCUGGAUCAAUACAAGGAGAAUGAUUGUGAAGACAAAGAUGUGGAAGCUCAGGAUGGGAUGACACAGGGAGAUAAGCUGAAUGCCUUAAAAAGUCGGCGACAGCCUUGUUCCAUUACAGCUGGAGCUCUGAGGCUGCAAGACAUGAAGCUGCACAGCAGGUCAAUAUCACAACCCUUCAGACUCAAUACUUCAGGUAGCACAGAAGGACUCAUAUCUCCUCUGAAGGCCUCCAGAGUGAUGGCAGUUACUUCACCACCUGCAGAAAGAAUAAGCAGACUUUCCGCGUCCUCAGGCUCUAACCUUAAAAGCGUUUCCAUAAACUCCAGACUAGCCAGUUCUCUAGGGAACCUGUAUGCUGCUUCAGAUGAUGAUGAGAGCAAAAUGACAUCAUCGUCCUCUAGGACAGGUUUUACUAUAAGCCAUAUCUCCAGUCACCUGAAUGGCAGCUUGCAGCUGCCACACAGAAAAAAUCAUGAACUGAACAACAACUUAUACAACAGAAACAGCAGUAGUGGCAACAACCUGAGCAGCCAAAGCAGUUUUCACAGCGCCGUGACAGAUGAGUACGCGCCAGCCUUCCUUUAUGGGCCUUACAAGUCCUCCAGCACGAUACCAGAGUCCAUUCCUUCCCUUCAGUCUGAGUAUGUUCAGUACUAAAGCCUUGCUGCUUUGGUGAAACCUGCUGAGCUCUUCAAGUCUGUCCUUCAUGAUGGAGAAGAAAUGAAGAAAUCAAGCUGCUCAUUAAAGGAGGAACCUUCAAUACAAGAUGUAUUAAAGUCUUAACACCAAGAGGAGACUUCUUAACAGGCAGAAAUUUAUUGUUAAUGACUACUGCAGAUGCACUGAAGUUGAAUUUAUGGAAAUUACUACCCCAUGUUAUAUACAAAUCUAAAUUUUUUUAUGUUGAGACAGCUUAAAUAUAUUUCUAAUGAGUUCCAUUAAGACAUUUAUUAACUUGUGUACAGUGUUAAAAUAUGUAUUAAGAGAAUAUUUUGGUAAACUAUAUAUAAAAAUUAUGUAAAAACUAGAGUAUAUUUUAAUUUACAGUCUACUUUGCUACAAAAAUGUAUAUUUUAAAGAAUUUGUACAUGUUUAUCAAAGAUACCUUUUUUUUUUUUAUGAACAAGAGAUUUUUCUUGUUUUUUGGGUCCAUUAUUAUUGCUUAAACCCUAAUGUAAUUUACUUUUUUACUAAUUGAUCUUCUGGUAAUUUGAUGGAAGUCUAACUAGUGAGAGACUUGUUAUUACAAUAUCAACUAAAAGCACUUGAUACACAGUCUGCUUUCCACUUCCAGCUGCUAAUGUUUCUUAAGGGAACACUAUGAAAGAAAAAUAAAGGGAAAAUAUUUGUUGAGAUGUGAUGUAAUUAAUUGCAUCUUCUACUGCAAAAAAAAAAAAUUUGUGAUGACUCAAUUGUACAGUUAACACACUUUCAAUUUGUCUUAAAGGUUUUAUAUUUUAUUUUCAGUGUAGAAUGUUAACUUUUGCUAUGCAAUAUAUGCUGCAGAACGAAGGUAGACCAAACUGAAUUUGGUAAAAAUGUACAAUGAAUUAGGUAUUACUGCAUACUUGCAUGCUUUUAACCUACAUUUGGCAGUAUGUGUACAAUUUCCUUAGCAACACACAGUAAAUGUUGGACAUACAUUAAAUUUUUAUCUAUCAAUUGGAUGUUUCAUAAAUCUUUACAUUUGCUUUUAAGCAAAUGGCUGAGGUGGCCUCCUGUAUCAUGGAAGGUUUUUGUCAUAGUAAAGAUGCUCUUUACUCUGUGGAAUGUACAGUUCAGGCAGAUGUGUUUAGGAAUGAGGCUUAGGAUGAAAUGGUGUUACAGGGAGGUAUUAAAGAUCAUGUGUAAAAUUUUCAGAACUCACAAGUGCAUGGUAAGGAAAAUAAUAUAAGCAGCUGUGAAGAUUUGAUUUUCCCCCCAUGUACAAGACAAAACCGGAUUUGUUAUCCAGUUGUUUUUGCAGUAUGUGCAGAAAUUUGAAAACAAAACUUAGUCGAAUAGUCAGUCUUUGUUCCUGAAGACCUGUGAAUACCAUCCAUUUGCUUUACAACCGAACUGCUACAUAUUUUUUUUAAAAGGAUCAGAUCACAAAUUGCAAUGGAAAAUUGUUCUGAAAGUGUUAAAAAGCAAUACUGAGAGCAGCUAUAAAAAUCAAAAUCACUGAAUAAAAUUUACAUGCAAUACUGUACAUUUUUGCAAGUGUGUAUAUGUAACACAUGCACAAAGUAGCAUAUGUGUGUGCUUAUAUAUACAAUAUACUGUAUAUGAAUUAUAGAUGAAUGGUAAGGUAAUUCUACCUCUCAUAAAGAAUUUUCUCAUGUACUUUGUUAUAAAUAGUUUUCCUUAAUAAAAUACUGAUUAAUUUUGAAAUGUAGAUAUAUAUAUAUAUACAUACCGCUAAUUGAUAAUAAAA